GCUGCCUGUAAUCAGAAAAUCAAGUCCUGGUUUAGGUUUUAGGCUGUCUGAGGUGCUCCCAGAGCAACUCAAGAGUCAGAAGUGAGUCAGCAAAGUUUUGCUGUAAUGAAGAUUACAGCGAUAGUCCAGAAAGGUGUGCACCUCUGGUGGUUUCUCAGCACCGCUGUACUCUGCUCUGUAUCAGCCGGAGGUGCAUAUUGUGCUAAAACAGCGAGAGCCCGUGCAGCUGCCUUGGGUUACGAGUAUCCUGGAGUCCAUGGAGCCCCUGAUCUCUCACCAGCUGCUGAUUUGAUGUAUCUUAAAACUUUCAGUUAUGAUAGCCUGGCUGCAACUGAACCUAAUAUGAAUUCUUACGAAGAGAAUCAGCAGAUGGAAGCCCCCCAUGAUCACUCUCUGUAUGGACAAGUUUACCCCAGGGGCUCUGGUAGGUACCUGUUGAGCCAUGCUUCAAGGGGACACACAGCUGACCAAAUGCUCCACUUUCCUCGAGGUCAGUCAGUCCGAGAGCCUGAGUCCAGUUUGGAGGAGGUCAAGCACAGUGCCCCACCAACACUUGCCAAAGCCCCCAGCCGUCCUGACCCGAUGAAUCAGCACCCUCAAGGUCGACACAAGCUGCUUUUGUUCUUCAACAGUAAGCAUGACCCUGCUGGCGACGAGUCUGCCCCAAAUAGACGUGACAUGCCUUUGACUGGACUUGCCCCAUUGCUGAACUGGGGUCAUGACGCUUAUCAAAGGGGAAUUAGCCCCAAAAGUGAAAUCCCCAUCUUGCGUUCUGCUCGCCUCUUUCAUGGAAGGCGUGGUUGUGCUCCAGCGCGUGGUCUUUGGAAGGUGGUCAGGCAUCCUGGCUGUCCUGCUCAGCAUCUGCACAGGGGAAUUGGUGUGAAACCACAUGUUCAAGGUAAAGCCAUCUUUCAAGGCUUGAGGAAAACGACGUAAAGUGCACUUGAAUGAGUGUGAACAAAAGGGCCUGACAUGUGGUACAGCUGUCUUGUCAGAUAGUGUCACCAUGACAUGAGUUAACAGGCUAGCAUUGAGGGCUGGGGAGGGGGGGGCAUGAUUUCUUUUGCAAGUGUUUAGGCUCUUCUAGAAAUUUAUGUGCAGCCAUAGAUCUGUACAAGUUCCUGUGCUGUUGCUUGUUCAUCUGUAACUCCAAAGCAAGUCAUAUUACACCUUCUCUCUUGAAUAUAAAAUCAUUCCAAAUUUUCA